GUUGAAUUAACGUGUUCCUCGGCUGUUAGAGAUGGUUGAUUAUGAAAGAACUGCCGAGAUAAUUAAGCUUCCUACUUUUGAAAUUUUUAAAAUAAGAAUAUUUUCGCUAUUUUGGGGUGUUUGGUCAAUUUUAAAAUUUUCCUUUAAAAAGUUGUUUGUAUCCUCUGGAAAGGAAAAUGCCGUGAUCGGAAACCCUCCUGCGUGCCUUACAGAUUCGUCUCUUGGUCAUCAUUCCUACAUUAAAAUUAAGGGAGUCAAAUUUCAUUAUGUUGAGGCCGGAAUUAGAGGACAGCCCUUAGUUGUUAUGUUGCAUGGAUUUCCAGACUUCUGGAUUACUUGGCAAAAUCAGAUUCCUGAACUCUCUAAAUACUUCAGGGUAGUUGCUGUUGAUUUGAAAGGAUUUGGUGACUCUGAUAAACCAGAAUCACGUUCAAAUUAUGGAAUCAACAGGAUUAUUGAUGAACUCAAUGAACUUAUUGUUUUUCUUGGCUAUAAAAAAUGUACAGUAAUAGGACAUGAUUUGGGUGGUUUUAUUGGCUGGUUGAUGGUUCAUUUACAUCCUGAGAUUGUACAAAAAUUUGUUGCUAUAUCUGCUCCCCAUCCAAAUCUUUAUUGGAGUUCCUUCAGCAAUAGUAGCCCUUUUAAUGUACGAUGGUUACAGUUUUGCCAAUUACCUUCUCUUCCAGAAAUGGAAACAUUGGACAAUGAUUUGACAGUCAUUAAUAAUGUUUAUAAGCAUCUCAACAACACAGUAGAGAACAAAUCCUUUCUGAAUGCAUACAAAUAUGCUUUCUCUCGUAAAGAGGACUGGACUGGGCCAAUAAACUAUCUCCGUACCUUAUCAUUGUGGAGGGUACAAGCUGCUGAAGGAAGCAUUGAUGUUCCUACAUUGUUGAUAGUUGGAAAUCAGGAACCUAGAGAAUUUUUUGAAUGUGUUAUCAGGUCAACAGAUUAUAUUGAAAAAUAUACCCUCAAAAUUGUUGAAAAUGCUUCCCGUUAUGUUCAUCAAGAAAAGCCUCAAGAAGUGAAUAAAAUUCUGAUUAAUUUUCUUAGAGGUAAUCAAAUUUCUGUUUCAACUGCUAAACCAGCUUCUAAUGGUCUCGUAAAUAGAGUUUUUGGAGCUGUAUCAAACACUCUAAAUUAUGGUAAUGGUGUUUUUGAUGCUGUUAAGAAGGUCAAUCAAACUGGUCUUCGUGCCUUAACAUUACACGGAAACACUUAAUAGCUUUUGAUAUUACCCUUUGAAAGAAUAAGACUGAUUUUUUCAUUGAUGAAUAUUGUCUUAUAGUAGUAAUAUUAGUUAUAUUUAUUUAUAACAUUAAUUCAAAACAUAAUAAUGUAUAAAUUACGAUACUCAGUCUUAACCAAAUAUUGUUAGAUCUCGAUUUUGUAUUAUUUCAUUUUAUAAAUGUAUAUAAAUAAUAUGUCUAAACAAUUCUGUUACAGAAAUAAACUAUAAUGAUUUUUAAAAAAAUACAAAGGAGGUAAUACCGG